ACUGGUAGACCGGAAACACUUCUCGCCAUAUUCGUCUAGUUCACUGUCAAAAUUAGAUACCAUCGCGAUUCCAAGGUCGUUUAGGAUUCCUCCUUCCUGACUAUUUAUAUUCAAAGGUGCAAAUAGCUCAUGGCCAUGAAAAUAUAGGUUAAGUAAGUUCAAAAUAUUAAAAAAUAUUGCAAUUUGCUAUUUUGUUUGUUAUUGCUGAUUGUAUCACAGAUAUGCGGUUUAUAAUUUUAGAAAAUCACUUAAAAGGUUGGUACAUCCGAAUAAAAAUUAUGUAAUAUUGCUUUUAACAAAACUUAGUCUUGAACAGAUGAAUUUUGAAAACCAAAGAAUACCGAUUCUAUAUGGUUCACAAACUGGGAAUGCUCAAGAUUUAGGAGAAAGAAUAUGUCGAGAAGCAAAGAGAUUUUAUUUUAGAAGCACUGCCAAAGCUUUAGAGGAAUACAAUGUUCUUAACCUAAUAAAUGAAAAGUGUGUUAUUUUUGUCUGUUCAACUACUGGACAGGGAGAAGAACCAGAUAAUAUGAAAGCUUUCUGGAAAUUUUUAUUGAGAAAAAACUUACCUACUGAGAGUCUAAGUAAUUUACGGUAUGCAGUUUUUGGUUUAGGAGAUUCAAGUUAUUUAAAAUACAAUUUUACAGCAAAAUUAUUGAAUAAGAGAUUGUUACAAUUAGGUGCCAAUCCCAUACUACCAUUAGGAUUAGGAGAUGAUCAACAUGAUUUAGGUUAUGAUGGUACAGCUGAUUCUUGGAUUGAAAAUUUGUGGAGAAAUUUACUAAUAUUAUAUCCUUUGCCUAUUAAUUUGGCACCUCUUCCAAAGAAUUAUGCAAUAGAGCCAAGAUGGAAUGUAUUAACUAGAUAUGGUAAUGUAGAUUCAAAUAGGCUGCAAUCUAUUUAUUCUAAAUCUAAAAAGAGUUCAGAUUUUAUAGCUACCGUAAUAGAAAAUAAAAGACUUACGUCUUCUGACCAUUUUCAGGAUGUUAGACUAAUAAAACUUCGCUGCGAAAAUCAACAAUAUAAUCCUGGGGAUGUUGUAGCCCUCCGGCCUAAAAAUCUCAAUUGGAAAAUAGAAGAAUUUCAAGAUGUCCUCACCACACACAAUGUUAAAAUUCAUCGAGAAACCAUAAUAAAUCUUGCGCAAAAAGAUCCAGAUAUCCCUUUACCUGAUGCGCUCAAAUAUGAAGUAACUUUCUCUCAAUUGUGUAAUGAAUAUUUUGAUUUAAUGGCGAUACCAAGGCGACACACUUUUCAGAUUUUAGCCCAAUUGACCGAUAGUGAAUUGGAGAAAGAAAAGUGUUUAGAAUUCACCACGGCUGAAGGGCAGCAAGAUUUAUAUUCUUAUACUUAUAGACCUAAAAGAAAUAUUGUAGAAGUUUUACAAGAUUUCCCUCAUGCUACCAAAAAUAUAACUCUUGAUAUUUUAUUUGAACUUUUUCCUCCUAUUAAAGCAAGGGAGUUCUCUAUUGCGAGUAGUCGUAAGGCUCAUGGUGAUGAGAUACAUAUACUUUUGGCUGUGGUUAAAUUCAAAACUAAGUUGGUUAGAGAAAGAUUUGGCCUGGGGUCAAAUUAUUUGGCGGGCUUGGAAAAAGGUGAUGAAGUUACAGCUUGGAUAAAGAAGGGCAGUUUUCGAUUUCCUAAAGAAUCGGAUGUUCCAGUAAUAAUGGUGGGCCCUGGAACCGGUGUAGCGCCGUUCAGAAGUUUUAUUUUCGAUCGUUUAAGUGAUAAUUACUGCACUAAUAAUAACUUGGCACUAUUUUUUGGUUGUCGUUAUAGGAAUAAAGAUUUCUUCUGUAAAGACGAUUUCGAGACUAUGAGCAAUAGUAAUAAAUUGACGUUUAUAACCGCAUUUUCUAGGGAAGAAGAACAUAAAAUAUAUGUUCAACACAAAAUUAGAGAAAAUAAGGAACUAGUUUGGAAUAUUUUAAAAAAUAACGGCCACAUUUUCAUAGCCGGUAGUGCAAAAAAUAUGCCACAGGAAGUUCGUAGUGCCUUCAUAGACGUAUGCAAAGAAUCUGGUGGCAUGAACUUGAAGGAUGCUUCGAAAUUUAUAGAAAAAUUAGAAAAAUGUGGACGAUACCAAACAGAAUGCUGGUCAUAGGAUUUUUUUUAAUAUAAACCAUAAUAAAAUGAAUUCAUUUUAUAUAUAUUUUUUUCAUUUCAGUAAUAUAAUAACACGAUUAUGA